AUGAAACACUUGUAAUCAUUAAAUAAAUUAAAAUUUAAGAGAUUAAAGAAUAAGCCUUCAAUAACUCAAAGAGAUAAAAAUUAAACAACAAAUCAAUCCUUAGAAAAAGAUGCUUAUUUUCUCAAAUUACCUAAAAUUCAUCAAAAGAGUCCAGAAAAAACAGAAAACAAUACUAAAUUAAUGCAAUCCCAUGUAUCAACAUAAAAAAUGUAAAUUAUUUAUUUAUUUUUGAGACUUUAACAUGAUCAAUCAUUUGAUAAUUUAAAAAAAUAUAAUAAANCUACCUUAAGAGGUGCAACAUUAGUUAAGUUUUGGUAAUUGGCUGACAUUUUCUUAUAUAGAGUCAGAACCUUUAGCAAACAUUAUCAGACUAAUUAUUAUAUUUUAAAUUUUGCUUAAACCACCUUUUCGAGAUUGUACUUAACUAUUAAUGGUUAAGAACAUACAACAACAUUGUCAUGGACAUCUUACACAAAAAAUGGAUAUGUUUAAGUGAUUUCCUAUCCAGCUACUUAAUUUGGUAUAGAUCCAACUACUGCAUUUAGUGAUGUUUAUUACGUUAAAAUUAUUGAUGAUUCACAACCAGCAACACCAACAACAGCACCUACACCAUUUACCGGUUUAUCUUUGACUGUCACUUACAUUUAUAGUGGCACAACAUAUACAAUUCAUCUCAAUAAUAAAUUAGUAAAAAUAGUAAAUAAAGCUGCUGGAACCUAUGCAGAAGAUCCAGCAACUGUAAGUUCCGAUUCCACUAAUUCUAAUAUUGGCUCUAAAAAAUUAGUAUAUGCUUUAUCAGGUGCAUCCGAAUACGUAUUUUAUAUAAAAGGAGUAGUUUGAUGCAUUUCAC